GGUGGUCUGAGCUUAAGCUAUCUUCACCUUGAACUUUCCUGCUCUUUCCCUAAGGUACAUUAGGUACCUACCUACAUAUGUAGCCUAGCAGCCUACCUAGGUAAACAGCCUGCUAAGCCUGCACGGCGCUAGGAACAGGGUUAAGUUUAGUUGAGCCGGGUACGUAUGCCUUACCUAACACAGUAAGAUUUACAUGGGAACAACCUCAAUUCAUUCUCUCUCUUCCAAUACAUACACUAUUUCCGGCCUGGGCAUUGCUCCGCUUUCUGUUAUUAAUAAUCUAGGUAUCGUCAAGUGUAGGUGGUUUUUGCACCUUGCCGGAGAAAGCAAGCCCUAGGUUAAAAGAUAUCCCUUUCUCUUAUCUCCCCCUUUCCCUUCUUCUUCCCCCCUCCUAGAGCGUGACAUCCAAUGCCGCUCCGCCACAUCGCUAUUCCCUCGUGGCCCCGGACCACGCCGCCCAGGUACCCGACCUAUGCCCUGGCGACCCGCAUCCAGUCGAGGUUGCAGAAAGAACUACUGGCCUGGAAGGCCCUGCGAGAUGACCCACGGCGACGACCUGAUGAUGCCCCGCCUCCGUUUCCCACCCUCAUCUCCUUUACCCCGGCGCCCACAUACACUCUCGGCAGGCGGCAGACCGAGCCGCUAUCCGCCUCCGAGCUCGCGCGCCUGCGCGCCCCUCUCUCCGUAUCAUUGCCCCCCCGCGACGACCACAAGUCCAUCACUACUGCCGUCUUCGCGCCUGAGGUCUUACACGCGCCCCGUGGCGGGCUGACUACGUACCACGGUCCGGGACAAGCCGUGCUCUGGCCCGUCAUAGACCUUCGGUCCCCGCAGCAUGCGCACUUCUCCGUGCGAGACUACACUUGUCUGCUAGAAAAGACUACUAUCGCGACGCUGCGCCGUGUGUACGGUGUUACCGGGUUCACGACCUCGAACCCGGGGGUAUGGGUGCGCAAGGAUGAUGACUUUUCGAGAGACGAGGAAAAGAUUUCGGCGCUAGGUGUUCACCUUCGGCGGCAUGUGACCGGUCUCGGCGUGGCGGUCAACGUCGGUGUCUCGGUUACCGGGACCGAGGCGACGAACCCGUGGGCGCGAAUCGUAGCGUGUGGAUUAGGGGAUAGGGGAGUCACGAGUAUCGCCGCGCAAUUAGACUUGCUGCCAACUCACGAGAUUGCGCCUGAGGAUAUCACGGCAGCAUGGGCUGCUGAGUUCGCUGAGAGGCUGGAGCUACCUGGUGCCGCUGUGGAGGAAGAGGACUGGGAGACGUGGGGGAAGGAAUUGCAAUUCGAACCGGUGGGGCCAGGCACGGAUGCUGGGUUUAUCGAGGGCCAAGUGAUGCAAUCAUGAUUCGUACUACACGUUGUCGCCUUGAGUCCCUUAUUAUCUGCCUAUAUGGUAUAUACGUCACGUCUACGAUGCCCAUCUUGCGUAUUCUCUUCGAAGCCUUACGCAAACGAAUCACGUGUUCGCGUACUGAGCCAGACAACGAAGUACUGAGGGUCAUCGUGGGGGUUUGAUCUGUACGAACAGAUACCACGAAC